GCAAUGUAGAGAGAGUUCAGUUUGCAUCGUUCAGAUUGUUCAGAUUGCAUCAUACAUAUUAGAAGUGUACAGGCAAAUGUUUGAGUUUGCUUGCUAGCUAGUUUGCUGGCUAUGAAGACAGAAGCUUAUUCUGGUAGCCAGCUAGUUAGUUUGUAACAUUGAUGUCGCGCUGGCCACGUUCUAGCGAAUCGUUGACUCAGGUGUAUUUAGCCAUCUAGCUAUCGACUAACUAGCAGUACAGAUGUAACUAUCUAGCGGUAUGUAGCUUUAACCAAGUUUUAAAGAUGUCUAACACCAUGCAUUUGCAAGUUAACAUACCUGUUUAAAUGCUAAGGGACAUAUACUAGCUGGCUGGCUGGCUAGGAUAGCUACUUUUGUGUUAAUAUAUUGGCUAGCAAGCUAGCUAACGGUUGACGGACGAGUGACAGCAAAGCGUGGGCUUCAAGAUGUCCUUUUUUAAUUUUCGCAAAAUAUUUAAGUUGGGGGCAGAAAAGAAGAAAAAACAAUAUGAACACGUUCAUAGAGACGUGAAUCCGGAGGAGUUCUGGGAGAUUAUUGGUGAACUGGGAGACGGAGCCUUUGGAAAAGUGUACAAGGCUCAGAACAAGCAGUCUGGUAUCCUGGCCGCUGCAAAAGUGAUCGACACAAAGACGGAGGAGGAGCUGGAGGACUACAUGGUGGAGAUCGACAUUCUCGCCUCCUGCGAUCACCAUAACAUCGUCAAACUGUUGGACGCCUUCUACUACGAAAACAAGCUGUGGAUUCUGAUUGAGUUCUGUGCAGGGGGAGCUGUCGAUGCAGUGAUGUUGGAGCUGGAGAGGCCCCUGACAGAGCCUCAGAUCCGAGUGGUGUGUAGACAGACUCUGGAGGCCCUGCUAUACCUCCACGAGAACAAGGUCAUCCACAGGGAUCUGAAGGCCGGAAACAUCCUCCUCACACUGGAAGGAGAUGUAAAACUGGCUGACUUUGGCGUUUCGGCUAAAAAUACAAAAACCCUGCAGAGAAGAGAUUCAUUUAUCGGAACUCCGUACUGGAUGGCUCCUGAAGUGGUGAUGUGCGAGACCUCUAAGGACCGGCCCUACGACUACAAAGCUGAUAUCUGGUCCCUCGGCGUCACUUUAAUUGAGCUGGCACAGAUAGAGCCUCCGAACCAUGAGAUGAAUCCAAUGAGAGUCUUGCUGAAAAUAGCCAAGGCAGAUCCUCCCACACUGAUGCAGCCGUCACGAUGGUCACCAGAGUUCAGCGAUUUCCUAAGGAAAGCCCUGGAUAAGAACGUGGAUAACAGAUGGAGCACCGCACAACUACUACAGCAUCCCUUUAUCAGCAGUGUCACUGAUAACAGACCUCUGCGAGAGCUGAUUGCAGAGGCGAAAGCAGAAGUCACUGAGGAGAUAGAAGAAGCUAAAGAGGAGGAGGAAGAAGAAGAACCAGAGCCACAGCUGCAGGUGCCUGGACACAAGAGGGCUUCAUCAGAUGCUAGUUUCGCAAGCUCCGAAGAUGAAAAACUCUCACAGUCUACCUCCAUCCUGGAGUCUGUAUCGGAGAAGAUUGAGCCUGAAAGUGCAGAAGACAGGACCAGCGACAAGCUGUCUGACGAGGAUGUCAACGCCGGCGAGGCCGACAAAAUGGAGGAGAAUAAAAUUAAUGAGAGUAACAUCGCGGACACCAGCAAUGAAGACGCAGCCAACAGGGAGGAGCCUCUGGCUGGACCAGAGGAAGCACCAGGCAUAGACGCUGAAGUAAAGGAAACUCCAGAAAUUGUGAGCGCUCCAAAGGAAGAAGGUACAAGUGUAGAAGAGGAUAAGGAAGAGAAAACUCCAGAAAUCCAGGUGGAGGCUGAAACAGAGGAUGCUGAGCCAAGGUUGGAAGACAGCACACCUAGAGAUGCAGAGGAGCCCAGUGAGGUUCAGGUAUCUGCAGAGACGCCAGAAAAGGCUGCUGUAAGUCCACCUGAAGAAGAUGAUUCUAAGGCCACAGAGGCCGAGGAGGAGACUGAGAAGGAGCAGGCGGAGACAGAAGGGGUGACGUUGAUGGAAGCUGAGGAGAAGGAAGUGGACACAGCCCGGAGCGAUGAAGAGGCCAGGGCUGAAUAUCCCGCCCAAGAGGCUUGUGAAGACAAAGCGGAAUCCGCACAAGAUGUGGCGCCGGCUUCCAGCGAGGAGUCAGAGCCAGCCAAGCCGAAUGUGGCUGAGCCUGAGGUAGAGCCAGCACCUCCAGCCACCGAAAGCAAGGAGGAGGAGAAAGAGAAGGAGCCUGAGAGAGAGAAGGAGAAGGCUGUGACUCCUACUGCCUCUCCUGAGAAGGAGGCAGAGAUGGAGAAGGUGAAGCCAGAGAGGCCAUACGCCAAGAAAGGAAAGGAGACUGAGAGGGAUUCAGACUCUGGGAGAAGUUCUACACCUGACACCAACAGCAUCGACCUGAAUCUAUCUAUCUCCAGCUUCCUCACAAAAACCAAGGAGCCUGGAUCAGUCUCUGUGCAGGACGUCAAAAGACAGAAGAAGACCCUGAAGAAGACCCGUAAAUUCAUGGUGGAUGGUGUAGAAGUCAGUGUCACCACGUCAAAGAUAGUCACAGAUAAUGACACCAAAAGUGAAGAAAGGAGAUUCUUGAGGCGUCAGGAGCUGCGGGAGCUGCGACUGCUUCAGAAGGAGGAACAGCGGGCCCAGCAGCAGCUCAGCAGCAAGCUCCUGCAGCAGCGGGAGCAGAUAUUCCGCCGCUUCGAGCAGGAGACGACGGGCAAGAAGCGGCAGUACGACCAGGAGGUGGAGAACCUGGAGAGGCAGCAGAAGCAGGCCAUUGAGCGGCUGGAGCAGGACCACACCACCCGCCUGCGGGAGGAGGCCAAGCGCAUCAAGGCCGAGCAGGACAAGGAGCUGUCCAAGUUCCAGAACAUGCUGAAGAACCGCAGGAAGGAGGAGCAGGAGUUCCUGCAGAAACAGCAGCAGGAGCUGGACAGCGCUCUGAAGAAGAUCAUCCAGCAGCACAAGCAGGAGCUGGUGACCAUCGAGAGGGACUGCCUCAACCACAAACAGCAGCUUCUGAGAGCCCGGGAAGCAGCCAUGUGGGAGCUGGAAGAGCGCCACCUGCAGGAGAAACACCAGCUCCUCAAGCAGCAGCUCAAAGACCAGUACUUCAUGCAGAGACACCAGCUGCUCAAGAGGCAUGAGAAGGAAAUGGAGCAGAUGCAAAGGUAUAACCAGAGGCUGAUUGAGGAGAUGAAGAAUAAACAGGCUCAGGAGAGAGCCAGACUGCCCAAGAUCCAGCGCAGCGAUGCCAAGACACGGAUGGCAAUGUUUAAGAAAAGCUUGCGCAUCACGUCGGCCGGAGACACACCCGAGCAGGAAAGGGAGAAGAUAAAGCAGUUCGCUAUCCAAGAGGAGAAGAGGCAGAAGAGCGAGAGGCUUCAUCAGCAUCAAAAACAUGAGAACCAGAUGAGGGACCUGCAGCUGCAGUGUGACGCCAACAUCCGGGAACUCCAGCAGCUCCAGAAUGAAAAAUGCCACCUUCUGAUUGAGCACGAGACUCAGAAGCUGAAGGAACUGGAUGACGAACACGGUCAGGAGCUGAAGGACUGGAGAGAGAGACUGCGUCCCCGCAAGAAGGCACUGGAGGAAGAAUUUGCCCGAAAGCUGCAGGAACAGGAUGUUUUUUUCAAGAUGAGCGGGGAAUCGGAAUGCCUUAACCCCUCAGCCCAAAGCCGAGUCUCCAAAUUCUACCCCAUCCCCACCGUACACUCCACAGGGUUCUAAACCCUAGUGCUCAAGCACGCUGGAGGUUCCACACAGGCCACAGUGCCGGCGUUACACAGAACCACUCCCGCCUUUCGUCUACGCCACCGAUGACAAUCAGUGCAGCUUGCAGAACACCCGGUGUCCGUUAACACCCCUUCCAGCCCCCGGAACAGGACAAAAUGGUCCACAGCUACAGACUGAACCGAUCACAGAAUGCUGUUGAAGAAGCCUCCGUUCUGUUUUCACUUGCUUUUUUUGGGGUUAUUUUAUUUUGUUUAUUUUCUUUAGUUAAAUAAUCAUCCACUGAACCAAUCCAACUUAACUCGACAGCAAAUGGUGAAACAGGUCAUGAAGGAUUCCGUCUUUUGUCACUUCAGAGUUAGUAGUAAGAAAAGCUUUCAAAUACAGUCCGUUGGCACUAAUCUUACCUGUUUAUAGGUAAACUUUAAAAAAUAGCUCAGGCGAUUGACUUUAAUAAAUAGUUUGAGAUAUAUUACAUGCGAGUCAUGUAUUAUUUUCUCCAUAGAAAAACCCAGUGCCUACAGUAAAUAAUUUGAUUUAACUGGUUGGCAUUUUAAUUCAAGCUUCCUCUGGAACCCAACAGCAGCUCAAAUUACCCCUGAUGAGGAUAUUUGCACAUGAACAGCCUGGAAUUUGUAAAAUACAAUGCAGUUAUAUAUCCAGUAUAACAUAUGAGGUGGUGCUUGAAUGGAAUGGUUAUCUUUAAUCACACAAUGGAAUGUACUUUUGGUAAGAUAUGAAGUGCACACUUUUAAGAUGAAUCUUCAAAGGCAUGAUAUAUAUUUAUAUGUAAUUAAUGUUACCUUUUUGAUGGAUAUGAAGGAGUGGUUGAAAUGCUCAUGAGAUGGUGAAAUGAGUGACAGUGAGUGCUGUUGUUUGCAUGCGGUUGAAUAUGUAUGGAUUUUUGUCAGAACAAUUACGCAAAUCUGAUACGUUUCAAUUACUUAUCUCUUGUGCUUGUACAUAUUACUGUGGGCAGUUCAUUAACCCCCUAAAUGAUGGUCUUACCUUGUUUCUUUAGUGUAACUAAGAAACAUGAGUUACUUUAAAAUGAUCAAUUGAAGUACAUCAUUCCUGUCAUAUCAUGAGUAACGAGUCGCAUAUGUGAAUGGUUUUCAGUGAAUUCUCAACACAUGGCACUCACCCCAGUGAAUUCAGGGAAUGUAAAACUUUUGUGACCCCGAUUUAUACCUUUCAUGAAAAUGCAUACUAAUUGGCUAUUAAAUUUCUGAGUGCAGGAAAAUGGUGACCUGGUAAUACAAUAAUUCAGUUUUUAUUUCUGGUGAUAAUUCUUUAGGCAUUUAACACACUGUCCUGAACCUCAUGCCCCUUUCAAUAAGGCAUUUCACGACCCAAAAUACUAACUGAAUCCUGGAGGGAGGGGAGAAGGGGUGUUGCAUGCUUUUACCAUUAUUAGUUCUCAGUUUAAAAAAAAUUACCAUAUUACUUUAUUAUCCAUAGUUAAUAGCCUUAACUUUUUUUCUAAAAAAUGUAUAGACAAUGCCAUUUCAUGUCUAAAUUUAUAUACAACAUGGUAUCCUUUCAACAUUUAGUUUUUUUCUCCUUCCACUUCUUAUAAAUUAUA